CAAAGAUAUUUCACACUCCUGGCCCGAGACACAACAAUAUCUGUAUUUCGAAAGAUUGAAACUAUAUGAAGUGACAGAUUUAUAGAAUUUAAGUUAUCAGUGUCUAUAUAUGAAAAUAGUCAGUGUAUUUGGUAAUGUACAUUCCACUGAAGCAUGAGCGGUUCAUUGAAAUGUGUCGUAUUAAUAACAAUAACAGUAACAUCUCUUAGUUACAUGUGAUGUUUUAACGUGGGUAGAAAGCCUUUCAUUUAAAACCGUUCUGAUGUGACAAGUAACACAUUUCCCUUCUCAGAAAGUACCCUAGUGCUCGUAAGAUCUUGUACAGCCUGACGCUCUGAUUGGCGUAAUAGUGUUAGCACGAACGGACAAGGGAAGUGUCAGCUUGUAGUAUUCUGUAUCUGGAACUUUAUUAACUUGGAUGUCCGAUCAUGUUUGUAAAUUCUUGAUGUUUCGCUCAUUUAGCACUCACUGCGCUUUACAGUUAUUGUACCAGUCAUCCCCGCCUAUCAAUCGUUGCGUUCGUUCUACCGCUAGUCGGCAACAAGCUUCUAAUCUGCUCGUCGCAGCGCUGCGCCGCCCAGCGGCGAACGGCAGACCCACAGCGAGGUGCUAUCAGCUGUUCAUUCCCAGUGUUGGAGUGACAAGUGUCGCAGUCCAGUUUGUAAUGGCACAUUUUUUAUACGCUACAGUACAGUCAACGAAUAGUGUCCACCACAUGCUAGCGAGUUGUGGGAAAGAGGUGUGGAACUUUUCGAUCUUCAGGUUGUGAGAAAUAGAUUAAAUAUGGAAUGUAAUGAAAUUACUUUGACUAGUGCUGUUGUCCACAAUAGUAUGGCGUCCAACUUCUUAGCGCCUGUGAAGACAGAGCAACAAAUAUAUGAAAAUUCUAUGUUAGAAGAUGAUCCAAACGCCAAUUCGGCGGUAACCAACGAAGAAAAAAUAAUUCCAAGGUGGGGCCCUCAUCACAAAGGCGCGCAGGAGUUAGCUAACCUGUACAGUAGAGGUAAAAGAACGCAGGAAUGUAUCUGUGUGGGAAUUUGUAUCACUUUAAUGCUGGUGAACUUCAUAUUCAUUGUAAUCCAUUUUCGACUGGAAAAUCUCAGCACGAUACUUACAGCAGCAUUAUGUGGUAUUGUUACUGCCGAUCUGGGGUCUGGUUUGGUGCACUGGGGAGCUGACACAUGGGGGUCAGUGGAACUUCCCAUCAUUGGAAAGAAUUUUCUGAGGCCUUUUCGUGAACAUCACAUCGAUCCAACUUCAAUUACAAGGCAUGAUUUUAUUGAAACUAAUGGAGAUAACUUCAUGCUGACAAUUCCUUUCUUGGCUUUUAUGACAUGGGAGUUCAUUACGCUUACGGAAGAAGAGGUACAGAAGAAAUUUUCGUGGUGCUGUUAUUUGUUUUUGUUGGCUAUUUUUGUAGCUAUGACUAAUCAGAUCCACAAGUGGUCACAUACAUACUUCGGAUUGCCGCGUUGGGUUGUUCUUCUACAAGAGUAUCACAUAAUACUCCCACGAAGACAUCAUCGGAUUCACCAUGUUGCACCUCACGAAACCUAUUUUUGCAUAACUACAGGGUGGCUUAACUGGCCAUUAGAGAAGAUACGUUUUUGGCAAACGUUGGAGUGUGUAAUUGAAUUCUUGACUGGUUGUAAGCCGAGAGCAGAUGACUUUAAGUGGGCACAAAAGAGAACGUGAGGUGAAACACUGGGCUUGUGCCUAGUCUUUUCUCAGGAGAAAGAUCUUUGUUGAACAUACUUUUAUACCUACUAAAUACAACAUCACUUUUUUUAAGUUAUGCCAUUUUUUGCAUCUGGAAUCUCACGAGGAUGAGUCUGGAGCUUAAUGUUUGGUCAUUUGUUCCCAGUUUUUUGGGAACUAAAUUGAAGAAAAACUGUUUGCCCUUUCUUCCCUGAAUGUGUUGACUUUAUGAACUGUAAUUAAUGAAUCAGUGAGUGUAACAAAGGAAAUGGUGGUUAGUUUUGUCUAACCAAACUACUUUUAUUGCUCUGUUGUAAAUAUAUGAAAUAUAUUAGUACGCCACCUGGAAUUGAUAAGGCAGUAUUCGAAGCAGAUUAUGCCUUCAGGGACCAAAGGGUAAGGUGCAGCACAGCAUUUUUUUGGAUGUAAGUAGUUCUUAAUUAUAAUUUUUACUUUUAUAUUGGUGACUGAAAGCACUCAAUAGAACUAUAACAAAUAUAGUGAAGUGAUGAUAAUUGCGCAUGAGCAGAGUUGUGCCCUUGUUUAAAGGCCAAAAAGACUUUCACGUACAAUCGCUUUUGUAAUUACAUAUACAUAUAUAUUUAAUAACAGAAUUUUUAAAAAUGAGAUGUGAUGUGGCUGACUGAGAGCAAUUAAUGCAAUACUGUUCAAGUUGGUGAAGAUGGUUUGUUGAAUGCUUGGUGUUUUAUUUUUUACAAUUGACGUAUUUCAAACUGCAAACCUGCGCAAGAGUAUAAGGAUGCCGGUGACUGUUCAGUGUUUUUUGUGGAGGUUGUUAUGAUAGGCUCUUGUAUACAGUUUUUUUUAUUGUCAAUUGCUUGCAUAUUUGUAUCUGUGACAAAAUUAGAAGCUUAAUCCAAAGAUUAUUUUAGAUAAACUAUAGUACAUCAUCAUUUCAUAUUUUUUAUUACAUACCAUGUUUCCAAAACAACACUGUUGCUUAAUAGUUUGUGUAGCUUUACUUAUUUAUACACUAAAUUACUUAUGGCUCAUAAACUGCCUUAUAUAUAAACUCUUUCAUCGAUGGUGCUGCCAGGAGUAGCUUGUAUGGACCUACACAUCGAGUGCAUAACUAAUCUAUUUUUGCAAGUUUUAAAACAAAAACUGUGCUGGUUGUGACUGCAAAAGUUAAAAAAAAAGCUUAUGUUUGAUUUCAUUUCGAUGGAAACAUUGUUUUCUUGCACAUAAAAUUGUAAAAAGAAAAGCAUCUGACUUGUAUUUUGAUAUGAAAUUAAUAUGUGCCGAGAUUGAAGGUAACAUAAAUUCCAUACCAAUUCCUGUAGGACUUUAAUGUGUUGUGAAUGAAUGGGUUAGUGAAGAGUUGAAAAUUUAAAAGUGUUCUUUUUUUAAUAAAUUCUUUUCCUCUUUAUUUAUAAACAAACAACAUGAUAUUGUUGGAGUCUUGUAUCUACAAAUACAAUCAAAUGUUACCUGGCUGUGCAAAAUUGAUUUGUCCAUAAUUGUAAGUACUUGUUUUCAUAGGUAUGACAGUUGAAAAGGUGUACUAACUGAAUUGCAAUCUGCCACAUUAUGAGGCUGUAUGUAUUCUCAGGUGUGUGUGCGUGUGUGCAUGUUUUAUACCAGAGUGCCCCAAGCUAGUCAGCUGAGUACAAAUUGCUUCUUGUGAGACCUGUCGCCUCAAGUCCAAAAUAAAAUGUAGACUAUGGGAUAAAUUAGACUAAGUGCCUAAACAGCGCACUGCUUUGCUACAGUCAUUGUAGUUAUAUAACACUCAUCCAUACAGGUUUAUGUAUUCUGUAAUUAUGUGGAUUAUGUUGCUAAGACGUGCACAUCUUGAGUCAUUUCGUGACAACUCUUGCCUGUUCACUGGGGCAACACAAAAAUAAGCAAAUGAAUCAAAGAAUUAAGAUAUUUUUAAUUUCAACAAAGAUUGAGUGGGUCAAAGGUUCUUGAAGGAAAGAAGAAGAAGAAGACUAGAGAAUUCGAGGACAUGCCUGUGCGCAAUGUUGUUAGUAAUGGUAGUGGACCCAUUGAAGUUUAUUACUGAGUUCUUGAUUGAUGUGGAAAUUGCCUGUGCAUACAAUCUGGAAUAAAUCUGGGCAAGCAGUUGAAAGGUUUGGUUUCUAAUCAAAAAUAUCAGUGUAAUAUACUUCUAUUUUAUCUUGUUUAAGUCAAAUAUGUGUACACAUCAUUGACUGUUUGUUUCCCAAGAUUUAAAACACAGCCCAUCUCCUCAAUAACUUCAUAUCUUUCCUCAUUACACUUUCUUCUGCUUGAGUUCAUAGAGUAUACAGACUACUGAUCUCAUGCUGUAAGAAAAUUGAAUAUCUUUGCUGCAGAUUUCUUUCCUCAAUUCUUCCCCUCUUCUUUCAAUAUUUUAUGUAGAAAAGAUACUCACCAGUGUGUGUUGUUGUCCAACACACUUCCCCUCAAUAUUACAGUGUUGUUUCCGACAUUUCAUGCGAUUAAUCUGAAGCAGUAAGUACUUUUUGUUGGCUACUUCAUGAUAUGGCUUCAGGGUAAGACUACAAAGGGUAGGUCUUAUGAAACAUUGAAAGAGAAGAAACAUGUGAUUCGAUUAUUACACCUUUAUCAGGAGUGUAAAUUUACUUCUGUUGUGUGUAAAGUUUAGUUUGUGUGGCCUAUGAUGUAUCCUCUAAUGAAAUGUACUUCACAUUGGAUGUUAUCAUUUACUCACUAUACAUUGUGGGGUAACUUUUUUUGUAUCAUUAAUUUGUGCAACUAAUUGUAAAAAUGAUGGGUUCCUCUGUAGCCUAAAGUGAGCAGUGGUAUUUUCACAAGAUUUUGGAAAUAAUUGAAAAUAUUAAACUGUGAAGUUAUUUGAUAGCAAUGUCUGUUAACCGUAAUUUGGUUUCAGAAGUUUUGUGAAAUAAUUUAUCUGUUCUUGUGAAUUUUCAGAUUAUAGCUUUGAUACAUUUUUUUAUUUCUUUCCCUGUUGUGUGAAGUUAUUUGUGUACAGCGUGAAUAAAUUUUUCAUGUGCUUGCUUUGUAAA